CUCUCUUGGCCCGUGUUCAGCUCCUCCUCUCUGUGCUGCCUUUACUUCAUCAGAUAUCCGAACGUGAACAGUUUAGCUGAAGAGCACUUGCCUAAAAAACCGGGAGGGAGCGCGCGCUGAGCAUCCACGCUCCAAACGGAUCCCAAGCCACGAAAUUCGGUAUCCCAGGCACUGCUUUUCACCAUGGACUCGUAUCCUGGCAUGUUCUUGACUCUGUGUACUUGGCUUUUUUGCUCUUUGCGUUUUUGCGCCGUUACCAAAGCGGAGGUAACUUGCGCCUUGUGUCCGUUUCCAGUGCUUGUAAAAACUGGGGACGACCAAAACAAUCCACGCACCAUCAUUCCCACGGAUGCUGGGAAAUCACUUGUCAGUUUCGCAAGCUCGAGAUUGCAACCGGUUCUGGAAGGAGUUUAUGAGUUGGGAAAAGACGCGAGCGCGAACGGCGCACCAAAGUCGAUAGAAGUGGCAGCGCGCUCAACCGGAACGGUCUACAGUGCAAAAACGCCCCCUGAGCAAACUGCACAGGGAAAGCUUGGAUUUGAUAAAGUAGGUGAAAAAGACAGCGCGUUUCUGAGGGGUAAAAGGAGCGUGGCGCAACUGGAUGAAUUUGGCGCAAGCACGCGAGGCGGAGAUUCCGCAGAGUCCACGGAUGCGAUGCUGUUUGUGGAUGGACAGAAACUGCGACGCAACCGCGACGAGGGAAAAGUGACCACUUCCAGAUCGGAGGACCCCAAAGUGAGCAGUAGCACUUUCGCCCUGGCUGGAGACUCCGCUCACAACCACGCUGUGGUUUACUGGACCGGACAAAACAGCAGCGUGAUUCUGAUCCUGACCAAGCUUUAUGACUUCCACUUGGGCAGCGUCACUGAAAGCUCCCUGUGGAGAUCAACAGACUAUGGCACCACCUAUGAGAGAAUGAACGACAAAGUGGGAGUGAAGACAGUCCUGAGUUACCUGUACGUCUGCCCCACCAACCAGAGGAAGGUAAUGGUGUUGACUGACCCAGAGUUCGAAAGCAGCAUCCUUAUAAGUUCUGACGAAGGAGCCAGCUACCAGAAAUACCGUCUCAGUUUCUACGUUCUGAGUCUGCUUUUUCAUCCUUCACAGGAGGACUGGGCUCUGGCCUAUAGCCACGACCAGAAACUGUACAGCUCGUUUGACUUUGGACGGAAGUGGCAUCUCGUUCACGAGCGAGUGACCCCCAACCGCUUCUAUUGGUCUGUAAGUGGUCUGGAUAAGGAAGCCGAUCUGGUGCACAUGGAGGCGUACACUUCUGAUGGACAGUGUCAGUAUAUGGCAUGCCGGGCCCAGGCUUGUUAUGAAUCGAGUAGGACGUUCCCGUUCCCCGGCUACAUCGAGCCGAACUCGCUGGUGGUUCAGGAUGAAUACAUCGUCAUUCAGGUGACUAUGUCUGGGAGAGCUGCUUAUUAUGUGUCUUACCAAAGAGGACCUUUUUUGCGCAUCAAAAUACCUAAAUACUCCCUUCCAAAGGACAUGCACAUCCUAAGUACUGAUCAAGGUCAAGUUUUUGCUGCUGUGCAAGAAUGGAACCAGAACGACACGUACAACCUGUACAUCUCAGAUCCACAUGGUGUUUACUUCACUCUGGCUUUGGAAAAUGUCAAGACCACAAGAGGUCUUGGGGGCAACAGUAUGAUAGACCUGUAUGAGGUUUCAGGAAUCAAAGGGAUGCUGAUUGCUAAUAGAAAAGUGGAGAACCAGGUGAAGACGUACAUCACUUACAACAAGGGUCGAGAAUGGAGGCUGCUGCAGGCGCCCACUACAGACCUGGAGGGGAACGAGAUUUACUGUGUGCAGCCAUUUUGUUCGCUACACCUACAGCUGCAGAUGUCAGAAAACCCUUACGUCUCUGGAAGUAUUACCACCAAGAACUCGGUGCCAGGAGUUAUCAUUGCUAUAGGAAAUAUGGGCUCUGAGCUUUCCUACAAUAAUGUAGGAAUGUUCAUAUCAUCAGAUGCUGGCAAUACCUGGAGACAGAUAUUUGAUGAGGAGCACAACGUUUGGUUCCUGGAUAAAGCUGGAGCUCUAGUUGCAGUGAAACAGCCUACAGUUCCUACAAGACAUUUCUGGAUCAGCUUUGAUGAAGGGAGACAGUGGACACAUCAUAUUUUCUCAGCCUUGCCUCUGUUUGUGGAUGGAGUUCUGGUCGAGCCAGGCAUGGAGAAUCAGAUUCUGACGUUUUUUGGACACUUCAGCGAUCGCUCUGAGUGGCAGCUGAUCAAAAUCGACUACAAGUCCCUGUUUACCAAACGCUGCUCCGAAGGAGACUACCAAACGUGGCACUUGCACAAUCAGGGUGAGCCAUGCGUAAUGGGCCAAAAGCAGAUCUUCAUCAAGCGCCGCCCAGGCAACUACUGCAUGAUGGGAAAGGACACCAGGAUCUUAUCGGCUGAGCCUUGUAUCUGUCGAGCACAUGAUUUUGAGUGUGACUAUGGCUAUGAGCGUAGAGGUGAUGGUAACUGUCUCCCUGCAUUCUGGUUCAAUCCUGCUACUGUAUCACGGAGCUGCAGUCAAGGCCAGAACUACUUCAACAGCACAGGUUAUCGCAAAGUAGCAGCGAACAACUGCACCAAAGGGGUGAAAGAGAUGUACACAGCCAGGAAACAGCAGUGUCCCAAUCGCCCCCCUCGAGGACUGCACCUGACAACCCGUGACAGCACCCUCAAAGCAAAUAUGGGCUCUAACGUCACCUUCAUAGUCCAACUGGAAGAGGGAGACUCGAUGAGGACUAAUAUCCAAUUGGACUUCGGGGAUGGGACAGCGGUGUCCUACUCUAACCUUAGCUGGACAGAGGAGGGGAUCAGACAUGUGUACCGCAACACAGGAAUCUACCGUGUCACUGCCAUUGCCGAGAACAGCCUGGGAUCUGAUUCCAGCUCCCUGUACCUGCAUGUGGUGUCUCCUGUUGAACAUAUCCAGUUGCUAGCUCCAUUUGUGGUUAUUAAGAACAAGGAAGUGAACUUGACUGCAGUGGUCUGGCCCUCUUACUCUCGAACCCUCACCUACUUCUGGUGGCUGGGGAACAACACAGAGCCUAUCAUCACUCUAGAGGGCAGCAUAUCCUAUGUGUUUCCAGUGGAGGGGACAUACACGGUAACGGUACAAGUUUCAUCAUCCAACACCAUUCUUCAAGACACCAAACAAAUCGUUGUUCAAGAAUUCUUUAAAUCGCUGCUUCUAUCUUUUUCUCCGAAUCUGGACGAGGCCAAUCCGGACAUCCCAGAGUGGAGGCAUGACGUAGGCAGGAUAAUUAAAAAGGCUGUGCUUCAAAUAGCUGAUAUUCCUGCUGAGCAGCUGCUGGUGGCUGUUUUCCCUGGACUCCCGACAGCUGCGGAGCUUUUCCUGCUUCCCAGCAAGAACCAGUCUGACAGCAGGAAAGGGAGUGAGGAGGAUCUGGAGAAGAUCUCAGAAAUCCUUGCCAAUGCAUUAAACCAGAACCUGGUAGAAUUUGAAAUGAAACCAGGAUCCAGAGUUAUCGUCUAUAUCACACAGCUAACAUUAGCUCCGCUGGUGGACUCAAUCCCUAGACACAGCAGUUCUGCCAUGCUGAUGCUCCUCUCCGUGGUGUUCUUGGGUUUAGCGGUCUUCCUCAUUUAUAAAUUCAAGAGAAAAAUUCCCUGGAUUAAUAUAUACGCUGAGGUGAACCAAGAGAAAGAGCAGGAGAUGAUCGGCACAGUGGGUCAGAACGACACAACCCCCAAAAUUAAGCUCAGUGAGUUCUCCAGCCCUAAAGAGCUUAUGGAGAAGGAUUUGGAAGUCCGUGUUAAACGUGGAAUGAUCAACGUCUGUGAAAGCACAAGAGAGAUUCCCAACUGUACAAGUGUCUAAAUGACCCAAGACAUGUUGGCAGUGCAGUGUAAUCAAGUGUACAGAAGUGUUGCCAUUUUGAAAGUUCUGUAUGUUCUCCUUCAUUUUGUAAUUUCAGAAACAGUCAUUGUUAAUAGUUUUCUAAGGACCUCGUUUAUACAGAUUUGCAUGGACGUCUUGUUUGAUAAGAUCUAUGAGGAAAACCUAAAUGCUUAAUGAGACCUUUUUAAUGACAUUGCUUGUUUGAGAGAAAAUAAUGAGGCACAGUGGUAAGUUGAGAGCAAACUAGUCUUUUGUCCUUCUCGACGAUAAGAAUAAAAUAAAAAACAAAACAAAAAAAGUACCUUUGCAAUGUAUUGAUGGCAAAAUACACAUUCCAUAGGAGUUUCAUCGCGUCCGUGACAUCUGUUGCAGAAUCAGAAUGUAUGAAUUAUACUGUAGCUAUUAUUAUUAUUAGCUAUUAUACUGUAACAAUCUUUUCUUUUUUUUCUUCAUUUUUGUUACAGAAUUUACUGUACAUCCUUUUGAACGCCGGUCAUUUUAUAGGAGGCAAAUCCAGUUUAAAAACGUUUAGUCGGCAGGGAAAAGAACCGUUGAUGCUUGUAGCUAGUCAUUAAAAGAAAACAGAAGCAGUGCAAUACUUACUUCUUGAACAGAAAGGUUGUGGUGAUUAUUUCUUAUAAUAUGAAAAUAUUAUCGACUCAGAAAUUUUAUCUAUUCUAUUUAUUCUACCCUAUUACUUCUCACCGACUGAUAGUGAUUAUAAUUAAUCUUUAUAAUUAGGUUUUAAUUAUAAUUAGUUGAAGGCCGAAUCAACAGUAAAACGCACAUUGACAAAUUUGUUGAUUCAUAGUUCUUAUACAAGCUAGAAUGCAAAGAACAAACAAAACACUCGAUUAUGUCACUAGAAUCAUAAUGGUUAGGACUUCUGAAAGACUGGUUAUUUAAAGGGAGAAUGCUGGGUGACAAUAGGUGUUGAUUAGUAGUCUUGGGAGAACUAGAACGAGGUAGCUGAUCAUGUGACAGGUCAUUUGGCUGAGUUUAUAUGAGGAUUCUGGGAAAAGGCCUUAUUUAAUUGCAGCCUUAAUCAUUUCCAUGCAUUUGUAUUGCAAUAUACUGCUGUAAAUGUUAUAAAAUUUUGGUUUAUUACCAAGUGAUUCUAAAAGAAUGAAACCAAUGCUGUCAAAUCUAACAUGUUUACAGCAGUAAUAGAGGUUUUUUGGGUUAAGUAUCCAAGUUUAUCGCAGCAUCUGUGUUUAAAAUGACUAAUAGUUCAUUUUAAUUUUUUCAUAUUGUCAGGAAUUUUUUUUGGCCUGCGAACGCCUUACAAAAACAAUGCCUUAUUGCCAUAUUAGGUGUUUUGCCAUCAAAACAUGUACACUUCAAAACUUCAUUCCUACUCAUUCGAGCAAAGGAUAUUGUAUAAAGGCGUACGAUAAAGUAUUUCUAUCAAAAAUUAUGAGUUUAUUGUUCGUUUGUUUUAUAUCAGAUAUUGUGUCAUGUCUCCCAGGGAACAGCUUUGAACUGUAUCAUAGUCUCGAUAGAGCUCCAGAUUUUCAUUUCUCUGUAUAUACAGCGCAUACGCUGUCACUUUCACAUGCUUCUAGUGUAAAUAUAGUGGCAAAGACAAAACUGUGAACCAGAUCACAGUAACAAAAAAUGUGUUGAGUUUACUUUUUAUGGAAUCGUUGAUCAUUUUGCCAAUGUCCUUGACAUGUGCAUGUUAUUUACAAGGACAUGAUCUACAGUAUGUGUUGUAGAUAGUAAGCAAGCACUGUAAAUAGUUCUUUUUUUAGUCAUCAGUGUUGGGAUUCAGUUUUGUUUUGGUAUUUUUUUUUUUUCACAUAAUACAUAUUUGAUCUUAUAUAUCCUGCUAUUGCCCUGUUGUUUACCUCUUUCACAUAGAAAUACAUUCUGUUUAGCAGAAACUAUUGGGGAAACAUUUGGGGAUAUUUUAAAAUGUAAAAUAAGAGUAAGAGGAAUAUUACAAUUAUUACUUCGGCUACUGUUACCGUUCUUGUUCAUGCGGUUUAUUGCACCGUAUCCAAUUUUCUAUGAGAAAGAGGUCAUGUUUAAGUAUCAUUUACAGAUGUAUUGACACUGAUAUAAAAUUUUACAAAGUUCUAAAAAAGAAUCAAAUGCUCCAAUACUUCUUUAAGUAGCCAUCAUGUAAUAAGUCAGUUGUUUGCCCUUUGAAUCUACAGUACAGUAGCUCUCACAUUCAUCAUUUACACCAGUCAGUCAUAACAUUGUAUGAAUACGUGAAGUGAACAACAUUGAUGAUAUCAUUACAAUGGUAAUCCCGGGGUGGGAUCUAUGAGGCAAAACGUGAACAGACAGUUCUUGAAGCGGGAAAAAUGGGCAAGUGUGCAAUAGUGACUUUGACAAGGACAAGAUUGGGAUGGCUAGAUGUCUGGGUCAGACAUCUAGCCAUCCCAAUCUUGUCCUUGUCAAAGUGACUGUGUCAUAGAUGCCCAAGGUAUACUGAUGCGCAAGGGGAGCAAAGGCUGGCCCUGGUUUGAACCCACAGAUGAGCUACUUUGGCACAAAAUGCUUAAGUUAAUGCUGGCUAUAACAGAAAAGUGCCAGAACACACAGUGCAUCAUGGCAUGCUUGAGUACAUGGAGGCAUCAUGAUGCACUAAGGGAAAAAGACAAGCUGGUAGAAGCAGUGUGAUUCUCUCAGCAAUGUUCUGCUGGGAACCCUUGGCUCCUACCAGUCAUGUGAAUGUAAUUUUGACAUGAACAACCUACAUAAACAUUGGUCCAGACCAAGUAAACUCCUUCAUGGAAGUGCCAUUCCCUAACGGCAGAGGAUUUAUUCAUUCAGCAGGAUAAUGCUCACUACCACAGUACUAGCGAAUGCUUUGAAAGCAUGGCAGCAAAGAGCCCUCAGUCUGAUUGAAUACAUCUGUUAGAUGUUCUGGACAAAUAAAUACAAUCCAUGGAAGCCCCAUCUCGCAACUUACAGUACUUAAAGGAUCUGCUGCUAACAUCCUGGUGCCAGCUACCACAGCACACUUUCAAAGGUCUUGUGGAGUCCAUGCUUUGGUGAGUCAGAGCUGAAAUGAUGUCCACAAAAUUAGGCAGAUGGUAGAAGUGUUAUGGCUGAUCAGUGUGUAUAUCUUUUUAGUUUCUAUAUCUCUUUAUGAAAAGAUCAAGGCAGAAGAUGCCCAUCCAUACAAAUGUGGAAAACAGCGUUUUGGAACGUUCCUGAAGCAUAAGAAGGGUUAGUUCCAGUUAAUCACAAGCAGUCAUAUUACAGAGAACCCAGAAACUACAAAUCCCUCUGUCCUGAAGACUAUUCUAUGUUGGAAAACUAGCACUACUUUUACCUAAAUGUCACAUAGUGCUAACACUGGAGACUCCUUCCAAAGAUGCUAAAUAAUUGUAAAUAAUUCAGGAACAAAUGCGUUCGGGUAAACCUUCGUUUUGCCUUGCAGCAUGAGAGCAUCUCCACUCUCUAACCGAUUAGAACCGAUGACUUCAGCAGCGAUGUAGUAUAAUGUUAAUGCUAAGACAUUGAAAAAAAAAAAGAUUACUCUAACCUGAAGUACACAACAUGUUUGGCCUCACUGAUUAUUUUUAUUCGACUGUCACUUACUCAAACAGACUCCUUAUAUAGACUCCAUGCAAACUUUAAAAGAAACAUCUACUCAUUUAUGUGUUUUCUUGUGCUUAUUUAUUCCAGUUUGACAUUUUGCGUGUUCCAUCUUACUUUUCUGCCGGCACGGUUGUAAGGAAUCGUUACCAUAGUUACCAAUUACCAAGUUACCAUAGUUUUCCUGUCACUUGCUACCAUUCUUCUUUAACCUCUCACAUCAUUAAGACAUUUCCACCCACAGAACUGCUGUUCACUCACUUUAGAAGAUCAGGAGGUUUUUUUGUUGUUGUUUGUUUUAUUUAUUCCCCAAAUUCUGAUGAUUUUUGAACAAUAACUGAAGAUUUUAACCUGUAUCUUCAUCUGCUAUAUGCUGCACUGCUGUCUGGAUAAUUGCAUGAAUAAGCAGUUGUGCAGAUGUUGUUAAUGAAACAGGUCAAUGAUGUGAAAACCUAAAAAUAAUGUAAUGACAAACCAAACAAACACAACAACUCAUUUUAGCCCUGAAACCAUUUUCCUCCUUUGCGGAUAUAUUUUGUGAGAUGUCACCUGAAAGCCCAGGAGACAUUACUUAUUGAUAAACCUUUAUAAACCAACAUUAAACAAAAUGUGAGAUGUGUUGAUUCAGCGUGGCUGAUGUUACUUACUAAGUAAGGCUCAUUUACAGUAUCCUCUUUUCUACUCUUUUUCUACACUGCACUUUAUUUUUAACAGCGCAAGCAUCAUGUAAGCCUAACGAGAUGGCCUAGGUUUUAUUUAAUUAUCUCAAACUCUCCUAGCAAGCUAUUUCCUGCCCCAAAAAAACCAAAACCCUCAUUUCCUACAUGGAAGUGCAGCGAUCCAUGCAUGCUGAAGUCAGCAUGUAAUUAACGUUUAGCAGACAGCAGAGCAGGACUGACACUCAUAACUCAAUACACCUUUGCUUGUUAAUGCUUGCCACUUUUCCCUUGGCGUUCUCGUCCAUCACAAUUCUAAGCCUUCGUUAUUUAAUACGUGUUGCACAUUCAUGUGCUUCCUUUGUACUCCAUUUCAUGCUUACUUAUUUAUAUACAUACAUAUAAAUAUACAUUGUAUGGAAAAAGGUUAAGGCUAGGUUUUAGGGGUGGGGUUUGCACAAAUUUGAAUGUAUACAUUAUUGUUGCUUGUGGAAAUGUGUACAGAUCACACAGUCAUUAUCUGUUUGGACAUAAGUAGGAUCUCACAUUUGCAAAUUGAACCGAAUUUGUCUAUAUGGAAAUAUCUUCGGUUCAAACUCGCGAGCGACAAGUUUCUCAGGUCACUUUUCUAAUAGUCUCUACUGUUGUUGCUUGUGGCUAAGAAAUAAAGCCUAAACUGUAGGUAAGGCUAUAGGCUAACUAGUUAAGUACAAAUUUAAUAGUGUGUUAGUUGUUUUAUGCUAGGCUUGGUUGUAACAGAGGUAGCAGAUUAGAAAGCGAGGUCGAUACAUACAGUAUGCCAAUUGCUACAUAUAGUUCACCAGAAGCACCAACGAUCUCUGUUACUUCCCUGCAAGCCUUAUGUUACUUCAUGACACACACUGAUGCACAUUCAAUAAGAUAAUAAUUUAACAGAACUAAAGUUAUGAGUAGAACUGAAUAAAUGUUCACACACAGUGAUUUAAUAGCCUAGAAUUGAGAAAUUGUGUCUCCAUGUUGUGGAAAUAUUACUAAAUUGAAACUGAAUGACUGAGUGAUUGUCACUUCGCCACUCGCUAGUCUGAACCGAAUUUUCCCUGCAAAUUAAAGAAUCCAAAUAUUACAAAAUUCUACUAGCUUUUUUUUUUUGUCUUGCUAUUUUUUCCUUAUCCUUCAUGACACUAAGGCUAUAAAUAUGGACAUGCAACAGGAUUUAAGGUGCAAGGAAUAUCUCAAAAGCAAAAUAGUUAAAAACAAAGGUUUAGAGCUAAAAAAGAAAAGACGUAUGCCAGUAAUGCUAUUUUAUUUUCAGGAGUCUGCUUCAUCUUUGGAUAAGCUGAAAUAAUAUGAACCAUGUUCUGGAAAGCCUGUUAGCAUCUGUUCCAGGAUUUUACUUCAGACUGUGCAGUGUGUACAGCCCAAAUCAGUCAUUCUUUGUUUGUUUUCUCAACAUGUUCUUUUUGUUGUUGUUAUCUGAUAUCUGAUGUAAUUGGUUUCACUUCAUUGGGGAUCAUUUCAUGGUCCAGAGCAACAUUCAGCAAAUAAUUUAAAAAAAAAGGACUGGAAAUAUAAGAAAGCAGAUGAGCUAAUGAGCUCCUGGUCCUUGUUGUUUAUUGUAAAAUCAUUUCAAUGGGCAACUGCAUGGCUCAUGAUGAUCAUCUUUAGUUCAGCAUUUCUAUAAGAAAUAACUGUCAUUUUGAAAUUGUUUCAAAUAAAUGUAUUUUUGUACAUCA